AUGCACGUUUCUAUCAUAUUGAUAUGGCUGUGCUUGUGUGGCUCUAUUAAAGGGGCUUAUGAAGAUGCACGUUGCAAAUGUAUUGGCUUCGAUCGUGCCAGCGAUCCGAACGGUACCGUGCCCACAAAGAAAAUCUACGUGAAAGCAGUACCGGCAGAUAAAUGUACUUGCAAAAAUAUACUGGGCAGUGAGGAUGCUUUGUUUCCCAAUUGUGAGUGCACAUAUCAAGUGAGAAACACAACGACAAUCAAAGUUGUCGUUUGUCUGAUUCUGGUGGUCAUUUCCACCCUUACCUUGUAUAUGAUCUUUUUGCUGCUGUUGGAACCGUUGUUGUCUGCCCGACGAGCUGGUCGCGGCCAUAUACUUGCUUCCGGAUCCACUGACAGUGGUAUGAGCUCUGAGUUCGGUUCCAGUGGUCGUGGCCCUGUCGCCGGUAUUGUCAGUUCCAGUUUAGGACGUUUCACUCGAGCCCGUAUUCCAGAUUUGAAUUUGAAACGUUCUUGGACUCACUCCAACGCACCCGGAAUUGGUCUCCCGAAGGCAACUGGAAUGGCGGUGAUUUGGGGCCGAUCACGGCUUAAUGCUGAGCAGCUUCUGGAUACCGGGAAAACCUCCGGUUGGUUCUUCGCCUAUCUUGCUAUCUUUUUGUAUACGUUUUUAUUGAGAACCGUCCCGGUUGAAAGCAGAUUACGACAAAGAGUAAUGAAACCAGAUACGUUGGUUUCCACGGAUUGUCAUUCAACCGUUCCACCCACCGUGAACGUACAUAAUGUGGUUACUCGUGUCAAAGAUCAACAACAACGCUGGAAGGGCAAUGUUGAAGCACAACGUGCUCGGGUAUUUAGCGAGCGCAGUCUUCUCAACUAA